ACCCCUUAUAGAUUUAAAAAGAGAGGCUGCAUUCUCAGACUGACACUUAUUCAACACUGCCACCUUAAGCAGAUUACUUUUGCGCUGCCUGUGUCAAAUACGUGGUUCACUUUGCCUCUCCAUCAUGUUUAGGAUGCUGAAACACCACCUCCACCCGGGCAUUUUUCUCUUCUUUAUAUGGCUUUGUCACCUCAUGGAACAUCAAAAAGUUCAAGCUGGGAACUGCUGGCUGCAGCAGGGAAAGAACGGGAGGUGCCAGGUGCUGUACAUGCCCGGAAUGAGCAGGGAGGAGUGCUGUCGGAGUGGAAGACUGGGGACGUCCUGGACCGAGGAAGACGUCCCUAACAGCACGCUCUUUAGGUGGAUGAUCUUCAAUGGCGGAGCCCCCAAUUGCAUACCUUGCAAAGAAACCUGCGAUAACGUUGACUGUGGGCCCGGAAAGAGGUGCAAGAUGAACAGAAGAAGUAAGCCGCGCUGCGUCUGCGCACCAGACUGCUCCAACAUCACCUGGAAGGGACCAGUCUGUGGCUCAGAUGGAAAGACCUACAAAGACGAAUGCGCACUGCUGAAGGCUAAAUGUAAAGGCCACCCCGAUCUGGACGUGCAGUACCAGGGAAAGUGCAAGAAAACGUGUCGUGACGUCUUGUGCCCCGGCAGCUCCACAUGCGUCGUGGACCAGACAAAUAACGCAUACUGUGUGACGUGUAAUCGGAUUUGCCCUGAGGUGACGUCGCCUGAGCAGUACCUGUGCGGAAACGACGGGAUCAUCUACGCCAGCGCGUGUCACCUGAGAAGAGCUACCUGUCUCCUCGGCAGAUCCAUUGGAGUGGCGUAUGAGGGAAAAUGCAUCAAGGCCAAGUCGUGUGAGGACAUUCAGUGCAGCGUGGGGAAGAAGUGUCUGUGGGAUGCCCGGAUGAGCCGGGGCCGCUGCUCACUGUGUGAUGAGACCUGUCCAGAGAGCAGGACAGAUGAGGCGGUGUGCGCCAGCGACAACACCACAUAUCCCAGUGAAUGUGCCAUGAAGCAAGCUGCUUGUUCUAUGGGUGUGCUGCUGGAAGUCAAGCACUCGGGAUCUUGCAACUCCAUUACAGAAGACCAGGAGGAGGAUGAGGAAGAUGAGGACUCAGACUACAUGGCCUAUGUCCAUUUAUCUUCUAUACUGGAUGGAUAGGCUCCCAUCACUAGGGGAACAGUCCUAGGGCAAGGAAUCAUGUCCAUACUGUACAUUAUGUGUAUGCUUAUUUAUUUUUUAAAGAAAAAGGAAGUAUACAUAUAGUUCAGUCUGCUAGAUGUUUAUUUAUACUUUUUUGUGUUUUAUAAUUUAUACAUUUACAAUGUCAGGCUUACUAUCUACCAUGAUAUAUUGUGUUACCACUCAUUUCCCCCUUUUUGUUGUUGUCCCUUUUACUUUAUUUUUUUUUAUCAUGAAGAAAUAUAUUUGUCCAAAGAGAAGCAGUGUUAUUUAUUUGUCAUGUUACCGUGUAAGUAUAAGUCCUCUACAAGCUGUAAAUUGCAUUCCCUGAGCUGUAAAAAUCUGCUUGUUUCUGUCAAAUCUCUAUCACAGAUGUUUAUGUCACACAUACGUAAAUGCAUGUUUAGGCUGUGUGUUUAUUUAUUGGGAAUAUAUCAAUCAUUUUAUGUACAUAAAGUGUUUCUGGUUUGUUUACAACUCAUAAUAACUGACCAAAGGGAUUCUCUCAAUGGUUUUGCAAAAGAGCAUUGUAAAGGGUGCAACACAGCAGCGAUGAAAUGGAAGAGAAAAAAAGAGCCAUUUGUUUUUCUUUUCUUAUUUUUUUUUUAUUUUAUUUUUUUUGGUUAUUCUUCAGUCUCAGCCCUUAAGAUUUGUUUCCGCACGGAGACGUCAACUUUAGACAUUAUUCAAUAGCAUUAACUUUGUCUCACCACAUUAGAGCAGAGGUAAGUUUUGGACGAUACUUGAUUAUUUUGGAAACAAUGUGCCAUUAACAUUUGUGUGCUGUCUCUUUGCCAAUGUGCUCCAUAUUGCUCUUGCAGAGCUAAAAUAGGACUAAUGUACUGCAGUACUCCACACUAUAUCAGAUUUCAUCACUUUGUUUCUUUUUUUUGUUUGUUUUUUUUUUUUUUUUCUCAGAAUGCGUUUUUAUUUCAAACAUCACAAGAGAAAUACAAAAUUCUGUUAUGAAUAUAUAGUUUUGUAUUUUUUAUGUAAAUGUCAUAUGUACAUACAAAGUUUGAUGGUAUUUGUACAGAUAUGAAGAGUGAAACAAUAAAAGUUUUUUUCCUUAUA